AAGAAUCAAAGGGAAAAUCAAGCAAACCGACGGGAUAGUCCUCCUGAUAUAACGCUUUAUAUGUUAUCUGUCUCAAUCAGGUGGUGUCAUCCAGUUCAGUUCAGUUCAGAUCUGUGGCCUGGCGACCUUACUCACACUAAGAAUGCAUGUUGUUCUGGGUGUUUUUGAACAAAGGAAAUGGUAAUCUGAAUAAUCCAGACAAGGAAAUAGAGACAAGCAGAUAAUGGGCCCCCCAAGAAAAAAGUUACAUGUUUAAAGACUACAUAUUUUGACACUAAUUUACAACCUAUUACAAUAUAUCAUAGUCAGUAGUUCAUAUAAUAUGCUAACUGUAUGCUGAAAAUAUAAAAAAGUCAAUACUCUCAUAGUUUUGAAUCUAAACAAACAGAAAAUCUAUAUUAACAUAUUGCGUCAUUGAAAACACCAGCUCGGCUCCAUCAUCAAUGUGAAUCCAAUGACACCACUACAGAGACCUGCAGCAGCCUUGGGGACUAUGCCUUUUAGCCUAUUUUCUUUGUCUUUUUUUUAUAGACCACAGUUUGUUUAGCUGUAGCGCAUCAGUGCCAUGCCAGUGGACAAAUGGACGUCUGCUCAUCUGAACUCUAGUAUUGAAAAGAGUGUUUCUAACGCCAUGUGACUCACUAACUCAUGAGCCUGACAUGACAACAAGCUCUGAUUCAUUAUGCAUCCAGAGGGGAAGUGUGCGAAGGCUAAUUUUAGUUCAUCCCUAAUAUGAAGGUGUAAGUGAGCUGCGUCCCGUCCUCGAUCAUAGAGGAUGGGAACAGCAGAAGCCACUCUCCGCAUGGACAGUAUGGAAGUGAAGGACGAGUGGCAGGAUGAAGACUUCCCCAGGCCACUACCAGAAGAUGGGGAUGGCCUCACAGACAACAGAACCAAUCCUCCCUCCACUCUGAAUGUGGGGGAGACGAUGGCACAGAGGAAAAGGCGCACCCUGGUGGCCCCUGACAUGAACUUGUCCUUGGACCGCAGUGAGGGCUCUGUGCUCUCAGAUGACUUCCUGGAGACUCCGGAUGAUUUGGACAUCAACGUGGAUGACAUAGAGACUCCUGACGAGACAGACUCACUGGAGUUUAUCAACAACGGCAAUGAGCUGGAGUGGGAAGACGACACUCCAGUUGCCACAGCAAAGCGUCUGCCUGGAGACAGUGAGGAGGAGCGCGACUCUUCCGGAAAACUAUGGCGCACGGUGCUGAUCGGGGACCAGGAGCAGAGGAUCGACAUGCAGGUGAUACGGCCGUACCUGCGAGUGGUCACGCACGGAGGUUAUUACGGUGAAGGCCUGAAUGCCAUCAUCGUGUUCUCGGCCUGUUAUCUUCCUGACAGUAACUGUGAGGACUACACAUACAUCAUGGAGAACCUCUUCCUAUAUGUUGUAAGUAGCCUGGAGUUACUUGUGGCAGAAGAUUAUAUGAUCAUUUACUUGAACGGAGCGACACCGCGUAGGAGGAUGCCCGGGAUCAGCUGGCUCAAGAGAUGCUACCAGAUGAUUGACAGGAAGCUAAGGAAGAAUCUGAAGUGUCUUGUCAUCGUUCACCCGACGUGGUUUAUCAGGACUGUCAUAGCCAUCUCCAGACCUUUUAUCAGUGUGAAGUUCCUGGAUAAGAUUCGUUAUGUUCAGACCCUGGAGGAGCUGAGUCAGAUCAUCCCCAUGGAGCAUGUGCAGAUCCCCGACUGUGUGCUGCAGUACGACGAUGAUAAGAUCAGAGCACAAAAGGAAAGACUUGACCAGGAUAAGCAGGCAAAUCCAAUACCAGCUAAAGAAAGGCCCAAGUCAAUGAUCGCUGACGUGAGCCGCGACAUCUGACAUUCAGAGUGCUGGGCUGAUGACCCUCAGGGCUGAUCUCAAGCAUCAUCAUCUUGAACGUCUUAUGCCGUGUCACAUUUCCUGACCUGAGCUGUGGCACAGUCAGGACAAUCAUUUUAAGGCAUUGGUUUUAAUGACACGCUCACUUUCAUCGUGACAUUUGAAUUGUACCAAAGUAUUAAAUUCAUUUCACAGUUUCUGCUCGCCGCAUGUCAUCUUCAGUUUACUCAUAGCAUGGCUUUAAUUAGGUAAACAAGAAGCUAAACACUAGAGGUCUGACCUAGUAUUUGAAAUGUACAUAUUGUAAAAUAUUUUGAGACCGCUGUUUGCACAAAUGUUGGAUUUGAAAUGUUCUGGUAUUGUUUUGUUUUAAUCUUAUCUUUAAAAAAAAUACAGUGCAAUGAAAAGAAUUUUUUAGACCAUCUAUAGAUGUUACUGAUGCAAAAUGCAUUCUGCACCAUUGGAUACGCCGGUGGCAUGCUCGUUUAUGUGGUCUGUCCAGUUUCUCUGCCAAGUUUUGUCAUUUGCCACUAUCAUGGUUUGCUUAUUAUCAAACAAUAAGGAAAAUACUGUACAUUAUAGAUCAAAUGAAAAUUAUAUUUAAGGAAAGCAUCAUGAAUGAAAGUAUUAUUUAUGAAAAAGGUGCCAUUCAAUGUUUGUAUGAAAUAAAUGUAAUCUGUUCAAUUAUUAUGUGCUGACAUGUCUUAGAAUAGCCUCCAGACACAAAUGACAGACC